GUUGGCCCUUGUCCCCUGGAAGGCGGGGCGUCAGUGGUGCCUUAACUCGGUCUCUCUCCGCGAUCUGUCCCCUGAGGCCGCGAAGCGCGAGCCCGCGCGGGCGCCCUUGACCCUGGGGACCAAAUACUGUGGGCGCCGUUCUUCCUGGCGCGGGACCUCCCCCCGUCCCCCUCGCAAGCCUGGGACCUGAAGGCCUGAGACCCGCCCCCCAGUGACAGCCCUGGACCCUGCUGUCAGCUCCACCCUCCGCGGGAUGGUACCUGGGGGCCGAGGGGUGGAAACACUUGCCGGGCAGCCGAGGUGAAGGAGCUGAAACACGUGCAGGAACAUCGCUCCUCAGCCACAAAACAGGUACUCUGUGCGCACAAGGCAGGAGGGGACUGGAUCCCAUCCGUUCUCACGGGCCUUGUCCUUGGGAUCCUGUGCAGUUGGUGACAAGGGUCCGUCAGCCAAGGAACCAGGCGACCUUCAGGCUAGGUAUAGGCCCUGAUACAAGAAAUAGCAACGGCCUUCCACGUGGGAGCAGCUGACCGCCCUCGCAAAUAACCCAAAUCCAGUGAAAACCAUGGCAGGGGAACCUUGUCUUAGUCAUCUAGUGCUGCCGUGACAGGAGUACCAGAACCACACUAAGAGGAGGAGCAGAAAGCUCGCGGAGAUGAAGUUUGCCUGCCUCUCCUUCCGGCAGCCCUAUGCCGGCUUGGUCUUGAAUCGAGUCAAGACCCUGGAGACGCGCUGGCGUCCCCUGCUGAGCGGCCACUGCAGCCGGACCCUGGCCAUACACAUCGCCCACAGGGACUGGGAAGACGACACCUGGCGGGAGCUGCUGCUGAACAGGCUGGGAAUGACGCCGGCCCAGAUCCAGGCCCUGAUCCAGGAGGGGGAGCGAUUCGGCCGAGGGGUGAUUGCAGGGCUCGUUGACCUGGGAGAAACCGUGCAGUUCCCCAAAGACCUAGCUCCGGAGGAGGCUGUACAGCUGGAAACCCGAGCCCUGCUCACCGAUUUGAAGGACAAGUACCUGACGGCGCUCUCUAACCCACGCUGGCUGCUGCAGCCCGUACCCGGGAAAGGAGGCAAGGAUGUCUUCCAGGUGGACAUCCCAGAGCAUCUGAUCCCCUCGGGGCAGGAGGGGUGAUGAGGCAGGACCCCCGAGAGGGACAGGACCGAGGGGCAAGCCUAAUGCCUUCACCACUGUGACUCGGAUACUUGAACCUCUUGAAAUCCCAGUCGCCUCUGCACCAGAGAGCAGGCCCUGCUCUGUGCUUUCCUGUGACUGACUGCCCCGCUCAGAUGGGUGGUGGGGAGGGUGGGGCUCUCCUGGGGAGGUGUCUCUUUGUGCUCCUGGACAAUGUCUCAAGGACUUUGUCCUCUACCAGGAAACGUCUGGGCAGGGCCACUAUUUGGGUACACUGAUGUCUGCAUCAUGCAAAUAAAUACACGACGAAGACUGUUUAGCA